AUGAUAGUCAGCAGUGGUGGGGAACUGGUAGGCAGGAGCGGCGUGCAGAGAGAAGCUCCUGAAGCGGACAAUAUCUCAUCAUUGUGGCACCAUCAGCCUCGGCACACACGGGAAAAACGCUUCACUGAUGUUAUCCACUCAACCAUUUCUCAAGGGGGCCGUGUGUUGAUUCCAGCAUUUGCCCUUGGUCGUGCGCAGGAGCUUCUCCUGAUCCUUGAUGAAUAUUGGGCAAAUCAUCCUGAACUCCAGAAUAUUCCCAUCUAUUAUGCUUCUCCUCUUGCAAAGAAGUGUUUGACUGUGUAUGAGACAUACACCCUUUCCAUGAAUGACAGGAUCCAGAAUGCAAAGUCCAACCCCUUUUCCUUCAAACACGUAUCAGCUUUAAGUAGCAUUGAAGUUUUCAAAGAUGUUGGACCAUCUGUGGUCAUGGCCAGUCCUGGUGGACUUCAGAGUGGGCUGUCACGACAAUUAUUUGAUAUGUGGUGCUCUGAUAAGAAAAAUGCUUGUGUUUUACCUGGGUAUGUUGUUGAAGGGACAUUGGCAAAAACGAUCAUCAAUGAACCCAAGGAGGUGACUCUCAUGAAUGGACUCACUGCACCACUGAACAUGCAGGUGCAUUACAUUUCCUUUUCUGCUCAUGCUGACUCUGCUCAAACAAGUGCAUUCUUAGAAGAGCUCAACCCUCCUAAUAUAAUUCUCGUUCAUGGGGAAGCUAAUGAGAUGGGCAGGCUCAAACAGAAGCUCAUGACUCAAUUUGCUGAUCGCAACACUAAGAUUCUUACUCCGAAAAACUGUCAAUCUGUUGAGAUGUAUUUUAAUUCACAGAAAAUGGCAAAAACCAUAGGGAAGCUGGCUGAAAAAACACCUGAAGUUGGAGAAACCGUCAGUGGUUUGCUAGUUAAAAAAGGCUUCACAUAUCAGAUAAUGGCACCUGAAGACCUGCAUGUCUUUUCACAGCUAACAACAACAAAUGUCACACAGAGAAUUACCAUCCCUUAUUCAGGUGCCUUUAAUGUCAUAAGCCAUAGACUCAAACAGAUAUAUGAGAGUGUAGAGCAGUCAGUGGAUGAAGAAUCUGGAGUUCCAACAUUGCAAAUCCACGAGUGUGUGACUGUGAAGCAUGAAUCUGAAAAGCAUAUCUCCUUGCAUUGGACAUCAGACCCCAUUAGUGACAUGGUAUCAGAUUCUAUUGUAGCUCUGAUUUUAAAUAUCAGCCGUGACAUCCCAAAAGUAAUGGCUGAUUCCGAUGCCAUUAAAAUUGAGGAAGAGAAUGAGAAGAAGGCAGAGAAGGUUAUGCAUGCCCUCCUGGUUUCACUCUUUGGAGAUGUGAAGGUAGGUGAGAAUGGGAAAUUGAUAAUUAACAUUGAUGGGAAUAUAGCAGAGCUCAACAAAGAAAGUGGGGAAGUUGAGAGUGAAAAUGAAGGUCUCAAGGAAAGAGUAAGGACAGCAUUCCGGCGCAUUCAAAGUUCUGUGAAGCCAAUACCUCUUUCUGCCCCAUAGUUCAUUCCUUACAUUGUCUUGGGAAAUGGUGAAAUGCCAGCGAUAAGGAACACUAGCUCACAUGCUCCGCUAACAUGAGAUAUUUAUCACAAUAUGUAGUUACUGUCUCUUUAAUAUAAUGAGCUUGGACAACAGAAUUCUCUGCUUUAUUUUGUUUAUUCUUCGAGUAUUUAAUCAUUCAAUUUAAACUUAUUUUCUUCAAA